CGUGCAGCGCUUUUGUGCGUCGCUUCCUCGCUGAAUCGUCUACAUCUCCAUGGUCUUUGCGCUCGCUUUAGUUAAGCUUCUUGAGCUAUCUUGGCUGUGUGUUAGAGGUGGGCGGUGUGAGAUUUGGUUUACUCAGCGGUUGAUUUCUCGCUCGUUCGAGCGGUUAUGUUUGCUGAGGAUCUCUCGUCUCCUUCAUCAGCUCACUGGCUCGAGCGGCCAGGUCGCCUCGACAUGAGUCUAUCUUCUUCUUCUUCUUCUUCUGUCUUCUUCGUUUUCUGCUCUCGUUUCUCUGGAUGCGUGUAAAGUUUGCGGACACAACAGCGUGUCUAGGCACACACACACACAGAGAGAGAGAGAGAGAGAGAGAGAGAGAGAGAGAGAGAGAGAGAGAGGGAGAGAGGUUGGCCGGUUGAACAGGUGGAGCGUAACGAUUGACCGUUUCGCGGGGUGAGUGACCAGAGGGAGGUGGACGUUUUCAACGGAUUAGAUGCAGAUUGUGUGUGUGCAGCAGAGCGGAUGCACACACCAACCAGCCGCUGCCUGUAGACAGACUUGUGUUUGGCUCAGCAGCCUAUGUGGGAGCAAGUCAUCUUCCAGCAACGUAUAUCUUUAGAUCGGAGAUCAGUCUGACUAUUGAUCGACGAGUAGGAUCCUCAGCCUAUGCGCGCGACUUCUUGGCGAUGAGCUAUGAGAUCGCGCGGUGAAGAGACGAUACAAAUCAGUUCAGCUUUUUGAAGGAAAAGAGAGAAUGUGUGUUGGAUUGAUCGAUGAUCGAUCUGUCGACUCGUUGAGGUCGAAGAACUGAGGGGAAGGAAGGGGAAAAGUGUAUAUGGUUAAGUGUAUGGUUGAGGGUACAUAUCAAGCUAAUAAGGCUAGCUGCGCGCCGGAGGGUAACCGUCAUCUACCUAUCUGUUCUUGCGUGAUUGGAGUGCAUCUCAAACAGCAAGAGAGGAAGAGACAGAGAGGUGAGGUGAAUUGGAUUCCACUUGCGCGCUGUCCAUUGUGGAUUGAGGACGAAUCAACGGUGCAGUGGGGCGAUCGUGAGGGGUGUUGAGUUGCCUGGAUGGUAUGAUGUGCCAACAACUAGAUAAGGAGGAGAAGGUUGAUUGCAAUUGCACUGCCCGUUCGGUGUGAGAGUAUCGCUGCAAGAGAAGAGAAGAAGAGGAGAUCGAGAGUUCUUUGCUCUCUCUUGAGCCAGACAAGGCUGCGGUCUCUCUGAUCUACACACACACACACACACAGAGAGAGAGAGAGAGAGAGAUGGAUGUGAUGGUGCCGUCUCUGAUCGGGCGAAAGAGAGGGAGGUAUGCGUGUCUAUCGGCAUCGCCAGUGGAUGUGAACAUGUUCAGCGGGUGCUGGCCUUUCGCCUGCGGAACGGAAAACGACAAGAGCAUGAGUAAGACCCAGCGCUCGAUCGACGAGAGCGCGAGGGAUAAAGAACGGGAGAGGGUGGGCAUAACUGGUGCUUGUCGCGUAGCGCAGUGGCCUCAGGAUGACUGGUGCGUGAGGAAUCAUUGCGCUCCUGCGCCAGCUCCAGCUCCUGCUCCUGUCAAUCCUUUUGCCACUGGCAUUAUUGGCGAAGGUAAGCGAGCGCGUGUCGAUGACCCGAACCCGGUAGUAGAGGACAUGUUCCUCCAUGGUGGCUAUGGUGGUACAUCGAUGCUGAUGUCUGGACCACCUGCGGCAGUCUUAGGAGCAUCGUCAUCAUCACCAUCAGUAGCAGCAGCAGGAGGAGGAGGGGGUCUUGUGGGAGCUGCACACGAUUGUGCCAGGAUGCUCAGCACAGGAGCAGCAGCAGCAGCAGUGGCGGCGGGCAGGGACUGUAGUCACAGCUUCGCUGCUGCCGAAGGAUCGCCGAAAUCGACGAUGACAACGCUGGGGACUACAGACUCAGCCUCUGCGUCGAUGCUAGAGUGGGAAGCUGACGAUUGCGAUUUCCCUCUGGGGAUUUUUCAGUGGGUCGUCGACUGUAUGACUAGCGACGAUCAGCAGCAGCAGCAGCAGCAGCAACAGCAGCCUGAGAGUGCCUCGUUUUCUGUUGUCGUCAACAGAAAUGAAGUGGGAUCGGCCAUCGCGCCCGGGUCUAUGUGCCUCCCCCUGGCGUCCCACUUUCAGCAGCAGCAGCCACACCAACAACAGCAUCAAAUGGAGUACGGGAGUGGCAGGCAGCAGCAGCAGCAGCAGCAGCCGCAACGACAACAGCAGAUGGAGUAUGGGAGCGGGAGGACAUGCAGCAGCAUACAGAUGAAUGGCAGCAACUGUCUUAAUAACAACAGCAAUAACGGCAACGAUCAAAACGUCAAUAUGAACAACGAGGGUGACGCCAACUGUUGCGCUUACAAUGUUGAGACAAAGAUCAGCUCUUCUCAGGCGACAAGCGGAUCAGGCAUAUUUCACAGUUUGUUUGAUGUGGGAGUGGAUUUCGGCUCGGUGAUUGUGGACGAUGAUGGAGGACACGUGGCACGUGAACAGGACGGCCACGUGGCAGGCAGCGAUGGAAGCACGGUCAUCCAGGCUGGAGGUCCAGAAGGAAGUUGCGGGAGAGUGGAGAUGUCCGAGGAAGUGGACAGUAUCUAUUUGGGGCGCGGUGGGUUCCAAGAAGCGAUUGGUGAGUUGGGAGGUGUGGUUGUGGCAUCGGCGGCAAUGGCUGCGCCUUCGAUGGGUGUAAAUGGGCCUAUCGUUAUGCCCGGGUCGGGAUGCCUUCCUCCCCCGUCUCGUGCUAUGGCUGCUUCUGCCGUUCAUCGGCCCACUCCGACAGAUCUUGCUCUUGCAAACCACAUGUGCAUGUGGCUCGGCGGCUAUCCUACCAGCGCUUGCGCAUCUCCGCUCGGUGAUGCGCGCGUGAUGAGAUCGCCUGCGCCGCCGCGCUCCGCCGGGGCAGCGGAAGCAGCAGCCGCCGCCGCUGGCGGCGUUUUCGUUGACGCCAACGACAAUUGCGCUGCCACUGCUUUGCGCAAUCGCCAUGUCAUGGGAUUUGACGAAGAGAUUGGACUUGUGAGCGCCCCAGGGACAGCGGGGGGAGGCGGAAACGGCUCCUCCGUUGGUGGAGGUGGUGCAGGUGGUACUGAUGCUGCUGCUGCUGCUGCUGCUCUGGGUUUGAUCAGUGCGAGCGUAUCGGGGGAGGGAGGAGGGGGUGUUGCUGGUGUGAGGUGUGCGGCCGAUGUGGAGGAGGAGCAGGCCAUUCUUUGCCUGACCCCUGGCCCGGCGAUGGUUGCCGAUGACGAAGUGGGUAGGUGUGGCGCGGGAGGUGGGUUCGCUAGGGGCGGGUUGCUUUGCUCCGGCGUCUCUGCGGCGCGUCUGCUCCAGGAGGAGGAACCGAUCGCGGCGGCGCUGCUCCCCCCUCCCGACCCGAUCGGGAUCGAGCUUGUCCAGGCUGACGUUGAUUACUUGCUCUCUGUAUGUGACCCCCAAACCGUGUUCAAUUCCUCCCUCCCUCUCGGAGGAGGUUGGGAUGUCUGCGGUUUCGCAGAGGACGAUGCAGACUCUGAAGAUCAAAUCAACGGCGACGAUGACGAGUUGCGCCUCUUCGUGCCGGAGGACCUGGAGGCAGAGUGCAGCAGCGUGUCAGGGUGUUGCAGAGGAUGGAAGAGCAGCAGUCGCAGGAGCAUCAGCAGCAGCAGCAGCAGCAGCAGCAGCAGCAGCAGUAGCAGUAGCAACUGCGGUGGUGGUGAAGGCGGAACACGCGGAAGGCGGCGCACUGACUCGGCGGACAGAUGGUGCGCUGCUGAUCUUGAUCCGGAUGUGUGCUCCUCCUAUACGAGUCGGAGGAUGGGGAAGGAUACCUAUUUAGGAAAUCAUAAGUUGGAACAUCGGCGCCAACAAGUUCAUAUGGAGGAGGAAGAAGAGGAGGAGGAGGGAGAGGAGAUGGACAGUGCGCGAAUUCCUCGCAGAUCGACGGCCGAUGGUGACGAUCAUCAACGGAUAACAGCAGCAGCAGGAGGACAAGUGGCGGCUGCUGCUGCUGCUGCUGCUGCUGCUGCUGCUGCGCCGGCUAGUUGCGGUAAUCUUCAACAAGCUGUGGGGGCAGCAGUAGGUGCAGGAGAAGGAGGAGGAGGAGGAGGAGGAGGAAUCUAUGGUGGUGGUGAGCCUGUUGGUGCCUUGUCAGUUAUGGAUUCGGAUAUGGAUAUGACAAGGAUGAUGUUGAUGAAUGGAGCUGUGGUACAGAACCCCAUCGAAGUUGUUGAUUGCUCUGGAAUUGGAAGGAGAGGGAAGGGAGAGGGAGAGGGAGAGGAGGAGGAGGAGGUGGUCGCACGAAACCAGAACCAAGAGGAACUGCUUCAUGUAGAGCUCCAGUUGCUAGGAAGACCGUUUUGUCCGUUGCAGAGCCUGGAAGCGGAGGUUGACUUCCAUUCGGUGGGGGCGCCAACGGGAGCUUCUUAUGGGAUGAACCAGGAACAGAACGUGGUCCAGGAACAGAACCUCGACCAGCUGUUCCUUCUGGAUCGGCUCGGGAACAACCGAAGGAUGGGAGAAGUAGGUGAUGUAGCAGGCCAGCAUUGUAAACAGCUUUGUCGGACGUGAAUAUGCCAUCUGCUUGUGUGUGCAAAGACGACCAAGUACGUUACGACACGUGUCUCUCCUCCUGUCCCUUCUUUUCGCGGCAGGAAGACACUCCAAGACAACGUGAUCGACCGCGUCCGAGCGAGAGAGAGAGAGAGAGAGAGAGAAGCCUUUGCUUUGGCCAUAACGACGGUUGCAAUGGGGUUGAGAUCAUAUGCAUGAAUCCUUGAGAGCCUGUGUGCCUUCUUCACUUUCUCGGUGAUAAAAAGACCAUCUCAAAGACGGGUGGGAGAGCAUCUCUCUCGGUAAUGCGAGCGAGAGGCAAAGAGCAGACAUGUGCGUGUGUGAGACACAUCACACACACACACACACACACACACACACACACACACACACAGAGAGAGAGAGAAGCAUUCGCUGCAUAAUUUUUCUGGCUGUUUGUUUGCUGGUUUUGUUUCUUAGUUCACUUUUUUUUGUAACGUACCUGGCGUGUCCUAUUAGACUGAUACGUUGGCUACCCCGAUUCAUUCAUCAUCAUUUUCCUACUGUAGGCCGAACGCCUAUUCCGCGUCGGUUCUUAUUUCCCUCGCUUUCGUUAUAGAGGGAUAGAUAAGGAAACAACAUUGGCGGUGAGAGGGCGGGGGCUUUGCGGGAAGAAACACACACACACAGCGAGAGAGAGAGAGAGAGAGAGAGAGGGGGAGGGGGGAAUUCACCUGCGAAUUCGGUUGUUUCUGUACAGGAGUUUGUUUUUGAAGGAGGGAGAGGAGAAAAAGGAUGAGCUCUUGGGAUAUACAAUGUAUGUGAGGGCUUAUUCACACAUAGGCUUUUUCGACUGACCUCUGGACAUGAUUGCAGUCAGAUGCAUCCACACCUGGCCGUAAUUGCAGUCAGAUACGUUUAGGGAGUUGUUCGAUGUGAAUUUCGAAGGCACAGCUUAUUUCUUCCUGUCCUUUUUGUACAAAGGGAAGAACGAGGUCUCUUCUUUCUCUAGAGAUUUAUUUUUGGGCAGUCUUGAAACCAACUUUACUUGGGACGGACAUUUGUCGAAAAGAUAUCCAAAUUCAAUUGAUGACUUAGAGAGAGAGCGUCAUCAUGUGGACGCUCUUUUAUUA